GGCACGGGCCGGGGGGCGGGGGCUCUGGGGCCGAGAGUGUUGUCAGUUCCGCCUUCAAUCGCCCAUUCCCCUCUUCCCCUCCCAGCCCCCUCCAUCCCAUCGGAAGAGGAAGGAACAAAAGGUCCCGGGCCCCCCGGAUCUGACGGGGCGGGACCUGGCGCCUCGGUGCAGGAUAGAUUCACAAGACUAUUUCCCUAGUGUGGAGCUACCUUGGGUAAGAGUAUGUCGUCCAUCUUGCCUUUCACUCCGCCAGUGGUGAAGAGACUGCUGGGAUGGAAGAAAUCUGCUGGUGGGUCUGGAGGAGCAGGAGGAGGAGAGCAGAAUGGACAGGAAGAAAAGUGGUGUGAGAAAGCAGUGAAAAGUCUGGUGAAGAAGCUAAAGAAAACAGGACGAUUAGAUGAGCUUGAGAAAGCUAUCACCACUCAAAAUUGUAAUACUAAAUGUGUUACCAUACCAAGCACUUGCUCUGAAAUUUGGGGACUGAGUACACCAAAUACGAUAGAUCAGUGGGAUACAACAGGCCUUUACAGCUUCUCUGAACAAACCAGAUCUCUUGAUGGUCGCCUUCAAGUUUCUCAUCGAAAAGGGUUACCACAUGUUAUCUAUUGCCGGUUAUGGCGCUGGCCUGAUCUUCACAGUCAUCAUGAACUCAAGGCAAUUGAAAACUGCGAAUAUGCGUUUAAUUUAAAAAAGGAUGAAGUAUGUGUAAAUCCUUACCACUAUCAGAGAGUCGAGACACCAGUUUUGCCUCCGGUGUUAGUGCCACGACACACUGAAAUUCUAACAGAAUUACCGCCUCUGGAUGAUUAUACCCACUCCAUUCCAGAAAACACUAACUUCCCAGCGGGAAUUGAGCCACAGAGUAAUUAUAUUCCAGAAACACCACCUCCUGGAUAUAUCAGUGAAGAUGGAGAAACAAGUGAUCAACAAUUGAACCAAAGUAUGGACACAGGCUCUCCAGCAGAACUGUCUCCUACUACUCUCUCCCCUGUUAAUCAUAGCCUGGAUUUGCAGCCAGUUACUUACUCAGAACCUGCGUUUUGGUGUUCAAUAGCAUAUUAUGAAUUAAACCAGAGGGUUGGAGAGACUUUCCAUGCAUCACAGCCCUCGCUCACUGUAGAUGGCUUUACAGACCCAUCAAAUUCAGAGAGGUUCUGCUUAGGUUUGCUCUCUAAUGUUAACCGAAAUGCYACAGUAGAAAUGACAAGAAGGCAUAUAGGAAGAGGAGUGCGCUUAUAUUACAUAGGUGGGGAAGUUUUUGCUGAGUGCCUAAGUGAUAGUGCAAUCUUUGUGCAGAGCCCCAAUUGUAAUCAGAGAUACGGCUGGCACCCUGCAACAGUGUGUAAAAUUCCACCAGGCUGUAACCUGAAGAUCUUCAACAACCAGGAAUUUGCUGCUCUUCUGGCUCAGUCUGUUAAUCAGGGUUUUGAAGCCGUGUACCAAUUAACUAGAAUGUGCACCAUAAGAAUGAGUUUUGUGAAAGGAUGGGGAGCAGAAUAUCGAAGACAGACGGUAACAAGUACUCCUUGCUGGAUUGAACUUCAUCUGAAUGGACCUCUACAGUGGUUGGACAAAGUAUUAACUCAGAUGGGAUCCCCUUCAGUGCGUUGCUCAAGCAUGUCAUAAAGCUCAUCACCAACUGAGUCCCAUCAAAAGACUUAAUGUAACARCUCUUCUGUCAUAGUAUUUGUGUAUGGUCCCGAUGGACUUUGCUAUCCAAAAAUUCCAGAGAGAAAACAGCACUUGAGGUCUCAUCAGUUAAAGCACCUUGUGGAAAAUCUGUUUCCUAUAUUUGAAUAUUAGAUGGGAAAAUUAGUGUCUAGAAGUGUCUUCCCAUUAAGGGGGAAAAGAAGAUUUAAAGACUUAAUGGUAUCUUGUUGGGCAUAAGACUGAGUGUCCCAAAGGUUUAUUAAYAACAGUAGUAGUUAUGUGUACAGGUAAUGUAUCAUGACCCAGUAUCGCAGUAUUGUGCCGUUUAUAUACAUUUUAGUUUGCAUAAAUGAGGUGUGUGUGUGCUGCUUCAUGAUCUAGGCAAGCCUUUAUAAAGUUACAGUACCUAAUCUGUUAUUCCCACUUCUCCGUUAUUUUUGUGUCUUUUUUAAUAUAUAAUAUAUAUCAAGAUUUUCAAAUUAUCAUCUAGAAGCAGAUUUUCCUUGUGGAAAAAACUAAUUUUUCUGCCUUUUACCAAAAAUAAACUCUUGGGGGAAGAAAAGUGGA